AUGUGGAUCAGGGAGCAAACACCACGUACUUGGUUAAACUUCACUAGAAAGUUUAAUGAGAAGUUCCUCCUACCCUUAAUCCAAGAGAAAAGAGAGGAUGAAUAUAUCAAACUGUACCAAGUCACUUUGAGUGUGGAGGAAUAUGAAACCCAAUUUACCCGACUCUCUAAAUUUGCUCCGAAAUUGGUAGUUAAUGAGCAAAAGCGCAUAAGGUGGUUUGUACAAGGUUUGAAUGUGGAGAUUCAAAAGGACUUAGCUACUGCUCAAAUCGAUACAUUUAAAGAUGCUCUUGAAAAUGGUCAACGAGUGGAGCAGACCCGAUUCCAAGUUCGGACCUUUCAAGCCAAGAGACGUGGAGCAUCUAGUAAUACUACCGGGCGAGUUGAUCAGAAUGUACCGCAUCCUAAGUUUGGAAGAGGUACGGGUGGAGUUCGUAUCUCAGGGACACCGAGAGGAGCUCCAUCCAGAGGGGCUCACAACGGGAGAGGCCAACAGAGGACUAUUUUCCAAGGAGGUCCGACACCCGCUACUCGAGUAAGUUGUGGAUAUUGUGGUAAGACAAACCACACUGAAGAUGCUUGUUGGCGUAAAAUGAGGAAAUGUUUCCGUUGCGGAAGUUUCGAUCAUCAGAUCGCCACUUAUCCUGCUAAAAACCGUGAGGAAAAUGAGGGUGUGCUGCCAGAGAAGUCAAACUCUAAACAACCAACUGCUAAUGGGAGUAGACCGACAGCCUCUGCUAGGGUUUUUGCCUUGGACUAUCAGCGAGCCCCUGAGUCCUCUGAAGUAGUAGAAGGUACGAUCCCUGUAUUCCACUGCUUAACUAAGUUUUUAAUUGACCCUGGGGUAACCCAUUUUUUCAUAAAUCCUGCCUUUAUGUGUGGUAUUGCUGUGAAUCCUGUUAAAUUUCCCUAUGACUUGGAAGUUAGAACACCUACUGGGGAUCAAAACCUAAUUACCAAUAUGGUUUAUAAAAAUUGUGAGAUUUGGGUAGAAAAACGGAAGUUGGUGGGAGAUUUGAUAAGUUUAGACCUCAAGGGGUACGACGUAAUUAUAGGAAUGGAUUGGUUGGCUCAAUACAAUGCUCAGUUGAGCUGCAAGACUAAGGUGGUGGAGUUCUCUAAACCCGGAGAGGCAACCCUAAGAUUGGAUGUGAGGGGUAGAUUAGCCUCGUCUGCACUUGUUUCAAGAAUUCGAGUCAGAAAAUUAUUGAAUAAAGGGCAUAGGGUUUCUUAG